AUAGUAGCACUCCCUCAUUACUUGCAACACUAUGCAUGAGUAAGUCGCCAUGCAAGGCGCCUCGUCAACCUAUGUGCGGGCGCGCCCUAGUGCGCAUCCAUGUGCAGCUGGUACUCCGCACUCACGGCAAUUCCUUUGCAGUUCCAAUACCUUCUACCGACCUAGUACUCGUAAUGUAGGCAGACAUGCAAACGGCUUCCGAGCUAUUAGACCCGCCCCGCGUGCGACCAGCCCCUCGCCACACGGUCGUGCGGCCUCUGCUCACGCAAACUCCAGGGCCAGUGCCGCCGGCUCCACCACUGCUAGCGCGUCCUCAAAUGGUGUCAGCAUAGACAGAGCUCUUGAUGGAGCGGCGCGUUGGCAGUCGCAGGGCAAUGCGCUGUUCGGGUCGGACCAUUUUAUGGACGCGCUCCAUGCCUACCAGCAGGGACUGGCGGCGCUGCAGCAGGCGUGUCAGCAGCCUGGGGACCAGCAGCCUGAGGAGCAGCAGCCUUGCAGUGAGCAGCUAGCUAAAUGUCUGGCUAUUCUACUCAACAACUCGGCGGCGGCGUGCCUGGGCUUUGGCGCAUACGAGUCUGCCCGUGCCUACGCCCACCUGGCCCUGCGCCGGGCGCCGCGUGAUGCGACCACACUGCUUCACCUAGCAAAGGCGCUGGAUGGGCUGGGCAGGUACUCGGAGGCGGCCGACGCCUGCGAAGCCCACCUGAAUGCACUUGCGCGCCAGCUGCAGAGCAGCAACAGCAACAGCAACAGCAGUGGCUUUCGACUCGCAGUCACGGCUGCUUUCACCGACGGCCAGCGCUUCCUGCAGUCUCUGCGGCAGCGGGCGGCGGAGGCUGAGCGGGGCGAGUACAACGAGGCGGGCAUGGCGCGGGAGGCGGCGGCCAGCACCACGCCACGACUGGAGAGGCACGCCGACUUCAUUGGGCCCGUGCAGGUGGCGGACGCGGGAGAGGGCCGCGGGCGCAUCCUGGUGACCUCACAGCCGGUGCGUGCAGGUCAGCUGCUGCUGGCCAUGCGCGCGGACGCGCUCUGCUAUGACUCGGAGGUGCCGGCGUCCUUCCAUCCGCCACCCGGGCAGCAGCGCAGCCGCGCCCACCUACAGCUGGCGCGGCAGCUACCCGCAGCUGCCGUCGCGAGCAGCCGACUGGCGGCACGGCUGUCAUACCUGCACGCGAACGGCAACCCCGUGCCGCCGCUGCCGGACGUGCAGGAGUGCGGAUUCGUGCCGGCUGCGGCUAGGCACGGGGCCGCGACGGGUGGCGAUGCAGAGCGGCUGCAGGCAGGGCCAGCGGCGGUGGCAGCGGAGGAGGUGGCCGUGGCGGCGCGGGCGUAUGCGGCUGCGGUGGCGGCUGGCACCAGCGCCUCCCAGCAGGCCCGCUAUGCAUGGACGCGCGGCCUCCUGCAGCAGACGACGUGGCGGGACCAGCUGUCCGCUGACUCGCAGCUGCUGGACGGCAUCUGCGCCACCAACGUCUUUGAGACCAACCCGCGGCUGCCGGCAGAGCAGCCCGCCACCGGCGGUAGCAGCACCGGCGCGGCCGCGGUUGCGGCGCUGGAGACCGAGGCGGGCGGUAGCGGGCUGUGGACCCUGGCCGCCUACUUCAACCACGCCUGCCUGGACAACACGGAGCGGUACUUCCUGGGUGACUUCCUGUUUGUGCGCGCCUCGCGAGACCUGCCCGCCGGCGCGGAGGUCACCAUCACCUACCUCAACCCGCUAAUGAGCUUCAGGGAGCGUGCCCGGGCCCUGGAGAAGCGCGGCUUCGCCUGCGGUUGCGAGCUGUGCAGCGGGGAGAUUGAGUGGCGGCGCCGCCAGCCGGAGAAGGCAGCACAGGAGGCGGACCUGCUCGACUGCUACCGGGUUCUACAGGCACAGAUCGCAGAGGAAGAGGCGGACAGCAGUCCCACCAGCAGUGCCACCAGCAGCACCAGCUCCGGAAGCAGCCCGGCGACGCCCGCUUUCCUGAGCACACACCCGGAGCAGCGGGCCCGCAGGCGGCGGCUGGCGACCCGGUUGCAGGAGCUGUUGUCGGGCCUGCGGGACGCGACGCGGGGCCGGGUAUGGCGGGCGGCGGCGCUGUACCGGCCGUACGUCCAGCUGGCGGAGCUGCUGCAAUCGUGCGGGGACUUCCAAGAGGCAGCGGAGGCAUAUGAGGAGGCGUUUGGAUCCCUGGCGCAGCAGCGGGACGGUGACGACGCCGCUGCAGCCGGGGCAGCUGACAACCAUGACCACGUCAGCACAACAGGUCCGCUGCUCGCAGGCGAGGCGGCUGCGGCUGCGGCAGUCGCCGCUGCGGCGGUUGUCGGAGACCGGCAGCUGCUCUCGCCUGGAUCCGCGGUCCUGGUUGCGGUCAAGGCCGCUGUGGCUUGGUCUUUGGUGGGCCCUGCUCCUAGGUUCGGCGGUGACGGCAUCACGUGGCAGGAGCAGGAGCGGAGGCGCGAGGCUGCGAAGCAGCGGACGCGGCUAUGGGAGGCGACGGCGCGGGGUCUGUGGUGUCGCUACUUCGGUGGGAACCAGGAGCUCUUCGAGGCGCGGUUUGCGGUGUCGCUGAGGAGGCUGCGAGAGUAGUGGUGGCAGCAGCAGCUAGGUUGGAGGUUCUUGUGCUUUGAUCCUUUGAGCUCGCUCGUGUGGCAGCUGCAUGGCUGGGCCGUAGUGAAGCGCACAUGUGGUGGUGGGGAUGUCUGCUCCGUGUGUCGGCUCCGAGGCCGGCAAGGAAGGCCUGUGACAUGCUAAAUGGGUCCCGUACGUCCAUCAUGCCAUGCGUCGACCCCUGAAGAGGUAACCUGCAACUGGGAUGGAUGUCUGCGGAAACCCGAGCACGCGGUACUCCAGUACUUCUGU